AGCACCCGUUUCAUUUAUUCCUCUUUCAAAUUUGGGCACCGCUUAACUUUAGAUCUAAAACUCAGAGCCCAAACCAGAACUUCUCUAUCAACAAUGCCUCCCACUGACGGAGACUUGGAUCUUAGGCCGUCUUCUCAGUCUCCCUUCACAAUCGGAGAGUACACGUUCGCCGAUGUGGGGAAUUUGGAGCAUUGCGCCAAGUAUUUGAACCAAUCGCUCGUCACAUUUGGCUUUCCGGCUUCUCUCGAUCUCUUCGCAAAUGAUCCUGUUUCCGUUGCGCGAACUUGCAAUUGCAUUUACUUCUUGCUUCAGCAGCGACAGCGUGAUGUUGAGUUUAGAGAGUCUGCUAAUGAACAAAGACAACGAUUGCUGUCUGACAUAUCGAGAUUGGAGGCCAAGGUAGAGAGGCUUGAAGGGCAACUACAAGUCAAAGACAGGGAGAUAGCAACGAUUACUAGAACGGAAGCCAAAAACACUGCAGCUCUGAAGGGCCAAAUUGAUAAGCUGCAACAGGAGAGGGAUGAAUUUCAGAGAAUGGUUAUUGGUAAUCAGCAAGUAAAGACUCAACAAAUGCAUGAGAUGAAGAAGAAGGAAAAGGAAUACAUAAAGUUGCAGGAGAGGCUAAACCAAGUGUUGAUGGAGAAGAAGAAAGAAUCUAGGUCAGGCAUGGAGAUAAUGAAUUUGCUUCAGAAGGAAGGGAGGCAGCGUGGAACAUGGAAUGGGAAGAAAGCUGACAAUGAUUUUUAUAAGAAGAUUGUGGAUGCUUAUGAGGCAAAAAAUCAAGAACUGAUGGCAGAGAAUACUGAUUUAAGAGCACUAUUGAGAUCAAUGCAGGUGGAUAUGCGUGAUUUCUUAAAUGCUCCUAAUGGACUACCAAAGCAAUCUCUCACUAGUAAUGAAAGAGUUGAAAGUGAUCCUUCUCAAUCUCCAUUGGUUGGGAGAACGGAUGUAUUUGACCUUCCUUUUCACAUGGCCAGAGAUCAAAUAGAAGAAAGUCUUCGAACCAAGAUGGCUUCAAUAAAGGAGCGUAUGGUUCAAUUGCAAGAUGCACAAAAAGGAGCAGAACUUACAUCAGAGGCUACUGAGAGGGAACUUGAGCUUGAAGCUCAACUUGUUGAAGCAAGGAGCAUCAUACAGGAGCAGGCAUCAAUAAUGUCUAAACAUCUAGCAAAAUCUGACAGGCCAAGGGAAUCUAUCAUCCCUGCACCGGCUGAGGCAGUAUGUAAUUAAAAAAAGCUGAGAAUACUCACAUUUGAUGCUUGGAUGAUCAAUUGAGUUGGCUCUGUAGUGUCACAUGCUUGGACAUCAUGCUUUUAGCCCGUGUUACUAACUAAAGUUGCUGGUCCAUCCUGCACUGCCCUAGUUUAUGUUAACAGCCCGAAGUAUGGUCGGAUAUCAUUGUAAUUAGUAUGAUGUUGUAAUUAGUGUUAUUACACCCUGGGAACUGCUUCUAGAAGAAAAAAUAGAUACUAUUUAUGUCACAUGGACCAUUCAUUCUACAUAGCAUUUAAGAUUGACAGCUGGAAUGGUU